AUGAGUAUAAGAAAGCUAUUGACUCUCUCUAUUCGUAAGUUGAGGCAGCACGCAGGUAAGAGCCAGAUCAAGCGGUUGACGCAAAUCUGUCGCGAUCAGCCUCAAGUAGAUGUCCGUUCGAUCCUGUACGAGACCUCUAAGCCCAUGGCCAGUUGUAGUAGCAAAACGGCAUCUAGAACGGAGGGAAAUCCAAGCUCGCCACAGAAGCGAAACAUGAUCUCUGACUUGAAUACAGGAACUUCCUCUCCUUACUGUGCGUUGCUUCGAAAUACCGCUCGUCAUUCUUGGAAAAGCCGUUCCUUCGUUGAGGUCGCGCGUCCUGUCUCUGUCCGCCACACACACCUUCCGUAUGACUACGCAACUGCAGGUACGCGAAAUAUGGGGUAUGUGAGACUUCAUAGGUUGGCGGCAAUACUGUUGAACUCUCCACCAACCUCUUCCAUCGCUAAACUCGUUGCAUUCAGCUCUCUGCUCCAUAUCUUUCGCUUUCGUUACUAUCUGCAGCCCAUCACUUCCUGCCCUAGCCCCGGUACUAUGUGUAGAUUCACUUGGAACCGCUGGUCUUGUGGGCACUUCAAUAAGACCCGAAUAGAGUAUUGCGAUGUGUCGGCUUUGUUCACACCAGACGACCGGGAUGAGCUUCCUUGCCAUACUCCAGAUGACAGCCCCGACUACAACAAUCAUUUUCCGGAAUGGUGUUUUGGCUGCACAUUAGGCCACCCUCCUGCAGAAACUCGCUUACACUACAUUGAACUCCACCCGUUAGAGUGCGAACACCGGUUAACAGCGUCAGAAGACGAAUACACGAGAGCGUUCCAGGCUACGCAGCUCGCACGGCGCGAAUAUGACAACUUAUGCGAAGCCGCAGCUACUGGAGUAAGAGAGUGUAUCAAUUCCCUGGCCCGCGAUCUAUCUCAGUUCGAAGACCAAUACCGCGCACUGGGCGGUCAAUACUACCGUCAAGGCUGGUUUGCUCACCGAGACGCCAUACUCCGGCACGACGCUUUUAACAGACUGAUCGAUGCGUUCCACGGCAACAUUCCCAUUCCCCAUCGGAGGUUUUUUCGAGGAUGGCUCGAUCUUGAGAUUUCAAUCCGCGCAGCUCUUGAUGCACUUGAAGAUAGAAGCAAGAUACGGGAGAUCCGGGUGCAGACAUCUCGAAAGGAAUGUCAGGUUGCUACCACCUUUGUUCGAAAUAUUAACGAGAGUCUCAAUCAAUUGAAGUGCGACAUCUCGCAUUUCGAGUUCGUCGAAGAAGCUAAUCGACAGUUUCGGCUCGAUGGCCGACCAACAACCCGUGACCGAAAUGCAGCGCUCUGGUACUGGCUUAAAUGUCUUCCGGAAACUCAUCUAGCGCUUCAAGCCGGGAAAAGAAGGUAUCUGAUCAUACAAGAUGCGCUCGGAUGUUCUGAUGAGGGGUUCGUCAAUACCUUGCCACUUUGUACACCUACCGGACGAUGGACGCAUCGGCAAAGCGAGGAGCAUCUAGACAUUGAAACACCCACUACAGCGAGCAGCCAUAAUCGCCAACGCGAAGAGCGUCCGGAAAUUGAUAUACCCAUCAUGACCAGUAGCUAUCGUCGCCAAGUCAACAGGCGUUACAGACGCAGCUACGAUGGGGGUGGGUCCCAAUGCUCGAACGAACAAGAUUGGGUAGACGAGAUCCACACACCGAGAGACGACAGUGAGCCAGUAACAUUUUCCGUCCGCAGAAGGCUUCUCGAAUUAGAUUUUAUGGAGACAAUGGGACUCUUGUAUAGUCUUCGUCUAAAAUUGAAAGUGAUUUUCUUUCUUAACCAAUGGUUUUUGGGUUCCCAAUUUCCCUAUAUUUUCUCAGUAUGUCUCAAUAAUACGCAUAUGGGAAACUCUAGGGCGUUCGGCUUCCUAGGAGCUUUACUUCUGGGAUCUUCUCAUUCAGUUCUCAGGGUACCUUUGUUUCUCUCAAAGAAUCAAGCCAUCCAUAAUAAAUCACGCGAUUACUGCAUUUACACUCACAGCAAGACGUACAGCAAACUUUGGUUUCUCCCUAUCACCACAAUACAAAAGACGCUACUAAUCUGCCAUAACUCUAAAUGGAAAUAUCUGGAAAAGCCAUCCCGCUCUUAA